AUGGCGCUGCUGGGUCGGGUUUCCUUUGCUGGAGGUCGCGGUCCGCGGCGGUUUUUCAGUUAUGGAACGGACAUAUUAUACCAAAGCAGCGACGCUUUUCAGUCUAAAUUCUUCCCACCCCUCCAAAAAGCGAUGCUGCCACCGGACAGCUUUCAGGGGAAAGUGGCCUUCAUCACCGGGGGAGGCACCGGCCUUGGCCGCGGGAUGACCACGCUCCUGUCCAGCCUCGGGGCUCGCUGUGUGAUCGCCAGCAGGAAGAUUGAUGUUCUGAGAGCCACCGCAGAGGCCAUUUCUUCCCAGACUGGAAAUGAGGUGCGGGCGGUGCAGUGUGAUGUGCGGGACCCCGACAUGGUCCGCAGCGCGGUGUCGGAGCUGAUCAGCGUGGCGGGCCUUCCUGACGUCGUGAUAAACAACGCAGCCGGCAACUUCAUCUCUCCCACGGAGAGGCUGUCCCCCAACGCCUGGCGGACCAUCACCGACAUCGUCCUGAACGGCACGGCCUUCGUGACCCUGGAAGUGGGGAAGCAGCUCAUUAAGGCGCAGCGAGGCGCAGCGUUCCUCGCCAUCACCACCAUCUACGCCGAGAGCGGCUCCGGCUUCGUGGUGCCCAGCGCGUCCGCCAAGGCCGGCGUGGAGGCGCUCAACAAGUCUCUCGCAGCCGAGUGGGGCAGAUAUGGGAUGCGAUUCAACGUGAUCCAGCCGGGGCCCAUCAAGACCAAGGGUGCCUUCAGCCGCCUGGACCCGACCGGAGUGUUUGAGAAAGAGAUGGUGGACAGGAUCCCCUGCGGCCGGCUGGGGACCGUGGAGGAGCUGGCCAACCUCGCUGCCUUCCUGUGCAGCGACUACGCUUCCUGGAUCAAUGGGGCCGUCAUUAGAUUUGAUGGUGGAGAGGAAGUAUUUAUUUCAGGAGAAUUCAACAGCCUGAAGAAGGUCACCAAGGAGCAGUGGGACACCAUGGAAGAGAUGAUCAGGAAGACAAAAGGCUCCUAA